AUGGAUUUUGUGAAUGAUGAACAGGGGUAUGAAAGGAUGGAUCAAGUUUAUAAGGAUAUGAUCAGUGGUUUAGGCGUUGAAGAUGAACGGUCUGAGUUGGAUAUUUAUCUGAGUGACAAAGUUGAAAAUCCUAAUACUUUGCUUGGAACAGAGUACGAUGUCUUAUCUUGGUGGAAGGUAAAUGCAGGGAAGUUCCCAAUUUUAUCAGAAAUGGCUCGAGAUGUUCUUGCUAUGCAAGUGUCCUCUGUUGCAUCUGAAAGUGCUUUUAGCACUAGUGGCCGAAUCAUUGAUCCGUAUCGAAGUUGUUUAACUCAUUACAUGGUUGAGGUCUUGAUGUGUACUGAGCAGUGGAUGAAGGCUGAGAUUAAGUUAGGCGAGAAAACAUUUGUUUCAAACACGGAGAUGCUUGCUGAUGUUACAUUGCAGGAUGAACUCCAGAAAAUGUAUCCUAGACCCAACUAG